UUGCUUUCGUUGUUGUAUACUCAACAAACGAGAGAGACGAUGUCGUACUUGCUACCACACCUGCACAAAGGAUGGGCUGUAGAUCAAGCUAUUCUCGCCGAAGAAGAACGCCUCGUUGUCAUCCGCUUCGGUCACGAUUGGGAUGAGACUUGUAUGCAGAUGGAUGAAGUACUAGCUUCUGUUGCUGAGAAGAUAAACAAUUUUGCUGUGAUUUAUCUCGUGGAUAUUACUGAGGUGCCUGACUUCAACACUAUGUAUGAACUGUACGAUCCUUCUACCGUUAUGUUCUUUUUCAGAAACAAACAUAUCAUGAUUGAUCUUGGCACUGGGAACAACAAUAAGAUUAAUUGGGCAAUGAAGGACAAGCAGGAGUUCAUUGACAUUAUCGAAACAGUGUAUCGUGGAGCAAGGAAGGGUCGUGGAUUGGUCAUUGCACCCAGAGAUUACUCCACCAGGUAUCGCUAUUAACCGAAGUUGCUUUGCCUUGUUAUUAAACACUUGCG